UCUGUCAGAAGAGGCACGGCCCGCUCCUUCUAUAAUACCUCAUCUGGACGAGCUGCGAGCGUCUCAGUGGUCCCGACCCGCUGAUCCUGUCCGUCUGAAAUGGAGACCAGUAAAACCUCAGCACUCMUCUCUCUGAUCGGUAUWAUGCUGAUUUGGCCGCAUGUUCUCGCAAAAAGUAUUACACCCAGUCCGCCAACGACAGAAAAUUCAACUUUAUCUCCAGGUCCKGGAGAAGAGCGCCCCCCUGUGGUGGCUCGCUACAUCGAGGGCUGCGGCAACAAGUUUGAGAACUACUGUCUGAACAACGGCAAGUGCAUGCUGCUGGUGGACCUGAACGAACACCACUGCAAGUGUGAGGUGGGCUUUCACGGUGCCAGGUGUGACAGCCCGGAGUUUGGUACCGGGCUGCAGGAUGAAGGACAGAUAGUCAUCAUCAUUUUCUUCGUGGUUCUGCUGAUGAUCGGCCUGACGGGAGCUCUCUACUUCUGCUUCAAGUG